UGGAGAUUUUUUUUCACAGCUCAUUGUAAGCAAUCAGGCAAAUAGAAACUUGCAGUGGAGUGGAGUGCAGUGCACAGGAACUGACAGGCCAGCCAGCAGACGCUAAACAGACCACUGGGUCUCACGUAGCACUUCUCCUGGAUUCACCAUCUCUUGCUGACUAAGAAAGACCUGCAGAUGCACCUGAGCAGAAGCCUUGCAUCACCCCAAGUCAACCCGCGCACAAACCCUAGGGGAUGGUUUUUUUUGUUUUGUUUUUUUGACAGAGCUACAGGUGUUUUGACUUCAAAGACACUUUUUAAGGGGGAGUCAUGAUGUUGCCUGUCAUUGUGGUUUGUGCAGUGUUCAUGCUCGCCGGGACGGGACAGGCCCAGCGACAGAGCCAGAGUCGGACCCUGAGGCAGGACGGCUCGACCACCCCGUGGAGGCAGGUGAUCCAGUGGGAGAACAACGGCCGUUUGUUCAGCUUGCUCAACAGUGGAGCUGAAUAUGUUCCAUCUGGAACUGCCGCCCAGGACCGGGAUCACACAAUAGUGGUGGCCGACAAUCGCCCUCAGUCGCCCCGAAGGACUCAAGGGGGCAACGUCCGCAGACAGGCGCCCUCGAGGGGUUCCUCGGAGACGAUACGAGGGCAGGCCAGGCAUCCUUUUGGCUUUGGCAUAGUGCCUGAUAACUGGAGACAAACUGCAGGUGCAACAGGUGGAACUCGCUUGCAGGGAUCCACCGGGACUCGAGUAAGGCAAUCCAUAUCCUCCUCAUCUUCCUAUCCAUCAUCUCCAUACAACAUACCAUCAUACCCUCAGUAUCCCGUCCCUCAGCAGCCUGUCUAUCAACCAGUGCCAUUUGACCCCAGUUAUGGAGAGGCACCAUACCAGAGCUACGAGCCACCCUUUCAGCCGGUUCCAGGUGGGAGUUAUGGCGCUGGAGGAUAUGGUGCUGGACAGGGGUACACGGGUGGUGCCCCAAUACUGCCAGGUGGCGCUCCCAUACUUCCAGGUUCUCCCUCUGAAUUCACAGAUGACAGUUACCUAUACUAUCAGUCUUAUGGCUAUGGGACCAACCCUGUUGCGGCCCCACGUCCUGCACAGCCACCCUUUCAAGACGGCCUCGAUCGCAGAUAUACUCAUAGUCUCUACAACGAGGACCCUGCCGCUGCAGCUGCUGCAGCUGCAGCCGCCGCCUCAGUCCCCGAAGCCACAGCAGACCAGUCCGGACCAGGCCCCGGCCAACCCCCGGUGCACAGCCCUCAGUAUGAGCAGUUCCCACCGUUUGGAAGACCCCAGCCACCCUUCUUGCGGCCCAUCCCAUCCGGAAGAAACUCUCCGAACUCUGCCAUCGAGCAAAGCAACGUCGGGAGCGUGUACCAACAAGAUCGAAGAGGUUUACCCGACCUGGUUCCCGAUCCGAACUACAUCCAGGCUUCUACGUACAUUCAGAGAGCUCGCAUGUAUUCACUUCGCUGCGCUGCUGAGGAGAAAUGCCUGUCAAGCUCCGCCUAUGACCCAGAGACCAAGGACUACGACAUGCGAGUUCUGCUGCGCUUCCCACAGAGGGUGAAGAACAGGGGGACCGCUGACUUCAUGCCCAACAGGCCACAUCAUACCUGGGAGUGGCACAGCUGUCACCAGUAA